AUGUCAUGUAACUUUCGAGGCAGUUUUCUAGAAUCUGAUGAGUUCUAUGCGACUUCUUUACAUUUUCUUUCCAUUUUACAAGCUCCUAUCCACAUUUUUGGUAUUUAUAUCAUUUUGAAAAAGACUCCAAAAUCCAUGGAAAAAGUGAAAUUCCCAAUUCUUCUGCUGCAUUUGAUAUGUGUCUGGUGUGAUUUUUUUGUUUCGAUUUUGGCGACACCAGUUUUUUGUUUCCUGCUAUUGCUGGAUAUGUGUUAG